AUGAGGACGUUUACUUCGAUUGCUCUGCUCGCCAUUGGAGCUACUGCCCAGGUGAUUGAGAGUGCUAGCUUUGGUUAUGGAAAAACGAUCUCGCCCAAUCGAGACUCAAUCCCAGGCUGGAACAUUGGCGGAGAAGGCCAUGAGCCAUCUCUUCUCUCCGACAAGCUCAUCCUGACACCACCCUACCCUGGCAACACCCGAGGAUCUGCGUGGGCCCAGACCGCAAUCUCUCAACAAGAAUGGUCAGCCGAGUUCCAAUUCCGUGCCAGCGGGCCCGAUCGAGCAGGUGGUAUCCUCCAAUUAUGGUAUACGAAGGAUGGACAAGCUCGGGUCGGCACCUCCAGCAUCUAUACUGUGGGACAAUUUGACGGUUUCGCGCUUGUCAUUGAUACACACGGCGGCCGGGGUGGAAGCAUUCGUGGAUUCUUGAAUGACGGAACGACAGACUACAAGAGUCACCGCAGCGUCGACAGCCUUGCUUUCGGUCACUGUGACUAUGCCUACCGCAACUUGGGCCGACCCACCGUCGUGAAGGUCAAGCACACCAACUCGAUCUUCGAGGUUACUGUCGAUGACAAGACCUGUUUCUCGACCAACAAGGUCAACUUGCCUGCCGGAAAUACUUUCGGCUUCACGGCUGCCACCCCCGAGAACCCGGAUUCCUUCGAGGUCUUCAAGUUCCUCCUGUCAUCUGCUUCUGGACAGGGACAGACCGUUCCUUCCCAGCAGGGCAGCACCCAGCAGCAGCAACAGCCCAUCUCUAAUCAGAACCAGCCUCCGGUUAUCCGCGAUACCGGCAACCCGGUCAUUGAUGCGGGCAUUGGUGCUCAAUUCGUCGACCUUCAGGGCCGCAUCCAGCUCCAGAACAAGGCUACCAAUACCAUGAUCCAGGACCUUAAGGCCCAGACUGGUAAGAACGAUGCCCGCCACAUUGAGAUCAUGCAGAAGCUGGCUUCCAAGGAGCAGGUCGCUGCCCUUGAUGCCCGGCUCCAGCGCAUCGAGUCUCUCCUCCAGAAUAUCCAGCGCGACCUGGAGGGUAAGGACUACAGCAGCCGCUUCAACCAACUCCAGGAUACCCUGCGCUCAUCCCACCUCAGUCUCACCGAGAAUCUUCAAAGCCACUUCCUGAGUGCCAUCACUGCCUCUUCUCCCCGUAUGGGUUUCUUCAUCUUCCUGGUCAUCGCCUUCCAGGUCCUCCUCGCCACCUCAUACAUCAUCUACAAGCGCCGUCGUGCAAACAUGCCCAAGAAAUUCCUCUAG